AUGCAAAGAAACAAGACCGGCAAAACGCCUUCAGGGCAUCAGUUCUCACGAUUAAAGCCCGCCGAGAUCGAUCCUUUGGCCGAAUAUGGCCUCCCUUCCAAGGGCGAGAAGAGGACCAAUAACACCAACGUCAACACGUCAAAACCCCUCCUCCCCGCCGGCUCAACAUCAACACCACUAUCCACCUCCCACUCCCACGACUCUUCUACAUCAUCACAACUCCCCAUCCCACCCUCCUCCGAUAACCUCUCUCAAAUCCUCUCCGCCCUCCGCAAGCUCCGCGAAGCCCUCGUCGCCUCCUCGCGUCUCGACGACUUCACAACCCAAGUGUACCUCUUCGCCGUGCGCCUCGGCAUCUUGUCCUCCUCCUUUGAGACCUACCUCCCCUCCCUUUUGUAUCUGUUACGAGUAAUCCACCGCUCUCCGUCGCACCCUUUAACAUCCGUGGAACACCACGAGGUGGUGUCCUACCUGGUGCUAGACACGGCCUGUCGAAGGGGGGACCUGGCCGAGGCUUAUUCUUUGCGGAACAAAUAUAAACUGAAAGAUGCCAAAGUGGAUGCCACGCUUAAAGCGCUGGUGAUGGAUGACUGGGUUAGUUGGAGACGGACCAAGAGAGCUGUGGAUGGAUAUCGGGUUAGGUUGAUGGAGUUUGCGGAGCCGGGGAUAAGGGGACAUGUGCUGAAGGCGUUUGGGAGGGCGUAUUUAAGCGUUGGGCAGGAGUAUUUGGAGGAAUCGAUGGGGAUGAGGUGGGAGGAGAUGGUGGAGCGGUUUGGGGUGGGUUGGGAGUUGAGUAAGGAUGGACGGGUGGUUAUUAGGAAGAUUGGGGGGAGGACGCAAUAA